AUGCCUGUGCAAUUUCAGCUGGGUCUGGAGCUCACCAAUAUUGUCAAUCCCAUCAGCCAAGCCCUGUCAGCACUCGGCUCCCUGGCUCUGGUUGACGCCAUCAAAAAAUCGGGCUCAGACUUCAUUACAGAAAUUAAGCUGGCCAACCUGAUCGGAAGGCACCGCAUCGAUCCCGUUAUCAAAUUCCAUUUUCGGGAGAUGGUUGCCAAAUCCGAUCAGAGUAUUAUAUCGAGAUAUCUGGACAUCAUCAUGGAGUCUGGAAGUGGACCAACGGUCCAGGAGGCACUGAAAAGUCCCCCUCUUUUCUCAAUGGUCAUUCAGCUCUCCGGACUGGCCUUUGCGCAUCAAGAAGAGCCUCUGGCAAACGCCAUUGUAGACGCGAUCGAAAAAAUUGUACAGGAAUCAAAUGGCGACUUAGGGAUCGUGCCGGACUAUGUGUCGCUACUGGGGACAAUUCGAGCUUGCCAACAGCAGACGGCAGCAUUCCGAUGGGCGUAUCUGUACGAUGCAGCCGAGGACAAGAUACACGAGGCUUUGGACGGCCUUAACAACCAGUUUUCGAACACACAGUUCAAAGACCGCUCUUUGCCGGUUGCUGUAUUGCAAGGGUUGCUAAUGUGGUUGCAAUCCUUGCAGAGCUUCCCAGAGCACAGACUCUUGCAUCUGAGAUGUGACACUGGAAUCAGUACCGUGGUCGUAUGGUGUCACCACAUCCUUGGCCUGAGUUUGAUGAUAACGAUAAAGGGAACCGAAAUUCGCUUUGGCGAUGCGCCAUAUAACGUCGUGGUCGAAGAAAGCCAGAACCAGAAGGCUAGUGUAUCGCUGAUGGAUCCUCUGGACCCACAGGAACCUCUGUUCACUUUGCAGAACGACGAAAACAGUACGGGGACUAGCUAUGAACAUCGAGCAGAAGCUUACGGAUACGGUGCGAAGUAUCUCCAAAACGCGAAGCUGUCCUCCCAGGAAGUGCAGAGAGGCGCGCAAUGGGUCAUAUCUCACAGCGUUAAAAUAUGUGGAGCUCCUCCUGCUUCGAACUUUCACGCUCACGUCUUCAACCCACGUUACAUCGAUGAAGAUAGACUACUGACUGCUGGCCGAUUUCUGUUCGCGCUCGAUCAGGUCAUUACAGCUCCUAGUGACAACUCGGCCGAUAUGGGCGAGGAUAUACCAGCUUGGCAAGGCUUAAUGACAAGUUUCCAAUGGCUCGCUCUUGUAUCUAUCGUCAUCACGUUUGCCCGGAUCCGUGAAGAUGACCUCGUGAAGUGUAAGGAGAUGCCACUUGCCCUGAAUAAUCUUCCCAUGCUUCCGACCGAGCUGGUCAGAAGAUUCGAACGCAAGGAUCCCGAGGUAUUCUUAGAUUUGUUAGGGUCGUUCGACAUCCUAUCUUACCUGCUGUUAGAUCGCCGUAUGGGUAAUGACGCCUAUGUCAAACCUGCUGUUCUUCUGAGUGCGUGGGGCUGGAGUAUCUUUCUCGACUCGAUGGAUUCCGAUGAUCCUUUUGACGUGCCUGUUGACACACUACGAGUACUGCGCGGAGUUCCUUCUCGCCGAGGCUUCCGUAGGACUCGGAUCAUCGAUGGACCACAGAGUAUCUUGAUGCUCCCAGAUUUGCAGUCUUUGAGUAACAGUAGCCUUCGUGUAUAUUCACCACCAGGAGUAAGCAGGGCGGAAAAGGGCGUCACUCUUGUCGGCCAUCUUGCCGAUGCAUUUCAGGUCACACAACAGUUCACAUAUCACCAUUUGCAUGGCCCCCCAACGUACACGUAUGGAUUCCGGAAGAUGACGGAAUGGUCCGUGAGGUCUAGCAGACUUUCUCCCUGCCAAUGCGACAAGCCCAAAUCGGAGUAUUUCACUUUGACACCCAAACACACGGCCUCGUCAGCGAGCAAGAUUGCCCUCAUCGACAAACUUUUCGAACUGAAGGAUAGUCCCGUAGACAGAGCUACGCCGCCCGACGCAACAAACAACCCUUCCCAAUUUUCAGACUUGGAAAGAGUCUUCGCCACCAAGGAUCGCAAAAGAUACUUCGUCUACGUCUCCGACAACCCCGCCGCACGGUGGCUCCAGCUCGAUACCCUCUACAGUCACUGCGGACCCGAGAACCUGGUAGGCGGCGCAACCGAAUUACUACGUCGCGCUGGGCGGUCAAAACACCUGCCCCGAAUGCGCGAGAAGAGUUUUUUUUUAUAA